UAUUAAUAGCGCGAAGCUCCCAAAACUCCCCCCCAAGCUUGCAAGACCGAGAACCGAUCGUUCGUCCCGGAGAACUCGUGAGAGAGAGAGAGAGGAGAGGCGAGAGCCCCUCCAGGGCCUUCGAGUUGAAUUCUUCUUCCACUCACGGCUAUUCGCCGACGAGACCAAGUGGAGAAGCUCGCUACCAUCGGCGCCGGAGGCGGCCACCGCCUCCUCUUGGACAAGAAGCGCAGCCCCUGCCCGCACGGUGGCCGCGGCGCCCUACCCUCUGACGGUGGCAGCCCCUCAGACCUCCUCUUCCUUGCUGGGGGCGGCUCCCUCGACCCCUUGCUUCGCCUAAUUAGCUCUAGCUAGGCCUUUGUUUUUUUUUUUCUGUUUAUAUAUAUAGACGUGAAUCGGAUAUAUAGGUUAGAGAGAGAUGCUGACCAUCAAGAGGGUUCCGACGGUCGUCUCCAAUUACCAGGAGGACGUUUGCGAGCCCCUCGGCUGCGGCCGCAACUGCCUUGGCCACUGCUGCUUGCCUGUCUCAAAACUACCCCUUUAUGCCUUCAAACGCGAUGCAACAUCGCCUAAUGGCUCCUCUUCCACCGCAGAGGAUCCUUCAUCCGGCUUUUUCCUUCAUUUCCUGAUUCUUGGAGAGUGGGAGGAUCGGAUGAGCCGGGGGCUGUUUCGGUACGACGUCACAGCCUGCGAGACCAGGGUGAUCCCCGGAGAGUAUGGUUUUAUAGCCCAGUUCAAUGAGGGUAGGCACCUCAAGAAGCGACCCACCGAGUUCCGGGUCGACCGUGUUCUCCAGCCCUUCGACCACGGCAAGUUCAACUUCACCAAGGUGGGGCAGGAGGAGGUGCUCUUUCGCUUCGAGGCAGGAGGCGAUAGCAGGUCUCAAUUCUUUGAGAGCGCCCCUGUCAGUUCUACCAACCCUCCCAAUGUCGUUGCGAUCAAUGUGAGCCCUAUAGAGUAUGGCCAUGUGCUGCUGAUUCCCCGUGUGCUCGAAUGUUUGCCACAGAGGAUUGAUCCUGAGAGCUUCUUGGUUGCUCUGCACAUGGCUGCAGAAGCAGCGAGUCCUUACUUCAGGCUGGGUUACAAUAGUUUGGGUGCCUUUGCCACCAUCAAUCACCUCCAUUUUCAGGCAUAUUACUUGGCGAUGCCCUUUCCAGUGGAGAAGGCACCAACAGAAAGGAUAACGAUCACAAAGAGUUUGUCGGACCGUGGUGUGAAGAUUUCACAAUUGUUGAAUUAUCCUGUUAGAGGAUUGGUUUUUGAAGGCGGAAACACCUUAAGGGAUCUAUCUGAUGUAGUUGCCAGCUCCUGCAUGUGUCUUCAAGGAAAUAAUAUCCCAUUUAAUUUGCUUAUUUCUGAUUCUGGCAGGAGGGUCUUCCUCUUCCCACAGUGCUAUGCUGAGAAACAGGCUCUUGGUGAAGUGAGCCAAGAGUUGUUGGAUACUCAAGUAAACCCUGCUGCAUGGGAGAUCAGUGGGCACAUGGUACUAAAACGGAACAAAGACUUUGAAGAGGCAUCAGAGGCCUAUGCAUGGAGGCUCUUGUCUGAGGUGUCUCUCUCCAAGGAGAGGUUUCAAGAGGUGAAGGCUUACAUAUCUGAUGCCACCAGGUUGGAGGAGUCUAAGGAGGAGAUAGAUGCAAAUGAAAACAAGGGAACCCUCCAGGCUUCCCCAUUGGCUACUCAUUUGCAGGAAGGGUUUCUGUUCUUCAUUGAAUGAUAGAUGGGUUAUUUCCAGUAGACAUAGUAAUAUAGUUUUAUGUUGUUGUUGAUUUUCUAGCUUUUGAAGAGAUAAGGGAGCAGUGAUAUCAUGGCUUUGCCACUGUCUAAAUGUUUUCUGGUAGGUGUUCUUGAUAAGUGGUUGCUUGAGUCAACUAAAAUCUUUUGAUCUCUAUGAACAGAUAUUUGAUGCAAGUUUGACUGCAUUCAAAUGAA